GUGAUUGGCUGCAACUCCGCGACCCCGCGCGCCACGCAGGGACCGAGUGCACUUAUAUUGAGUGCGCCACCGCGCACGGACCGACAGUGCGCUACUACGCCGUUACCCAGAGGACACCGCGGCAGCAGCUCUUUGCCCUCAGAGUCAUGGUUGCUCACACACGCACAGGCUGCGUGUGGCUGUUGGUGCUCGGCGCGUGCGUGUCGCUGGUGAGAGGAGCAGAGUGCGGGAAGGAGUGCGCGCUGUGCGUGUUCCGCGUGCUGGGACAGGAAUCCACUUUCUCCUCUUUGACAUGUUCUCUUGAGUGUGAUGGUGAGUUAGACAGCCAGAAGGUCCGCCUCUGCAGGGACAUCCUACUGGAGGAAGAAAGCUACCUUCCUCUUGAGGUUCAGCAGCAGGAAUCAGUGGGUGACAUGGCAGCUGAUGACGAUGGAGCAACGUUACCUGAACACCAGUUGGAUAAGAAGUAUGGCGGCUUCAUGAAACGUUAUGGUGGCUUCAUGGCUCGCCGCUCUUCCUCCCCACAGGUGGCGCUGCAGAAUCCUGAGAAUCCGAAUGAAGAAGAAAAUGUGCGUGUGGAAAUCUUGAAGAUGUUGAAUGCGGCAGCUGAUCAGGAUGGUGAAGGCGGAGGCCCGGAGGGAGAGGCAGUGAAGCGCUAUGGAGGCUUCAUGCGGAGAGCUGGAGGUGAGCUGCUGGAGGCUGUCCUAGGCCGUGGCCUCAAGAAGCGCUAUGGUGGUUUCAUGAGGCGUGUGGGCAGGCCUGAGUGGCUGGUGGACAACAGCAAGAGCGUCAAUGGAGGGGUGUUUAAACGCGCUUGGGAGAGCGGCAGUGAGCUACAGAAGCGGUAUGGCGGCUUCAUGGACUAAGACACAGCAGUUCAAACAGCCCCUUCAGCCAAUAACAAACCGUGUGGACUUGUUGGUGUUCCAAUCAUCUCCCAUCUUCUUUGCUGAUUACUUUUGGUCAUCCGACUGUGACAUUGGUUCUGAUGUAACGAUGUAAAUGUUUGUUGGUGAGAUGUUCAGAAAUGUUUUUUCUGAAACUUUUUGUAUGUUUCGUCUGUUAAAACAUUGGCAUUAUUUAUUAAAAGAAUCUGAUUGAG